UGCCUUCACGAGACACAGCUUAGUUCCCAGAGUCCUGUCCUUUCAGCUGGUAAGGAUGCCAGAUGGGGGCAAAAGCUUCGUCAAGGAGGGCAGGGAGGACACAAUCUUCGUGGGGGGCCUACGGAAAAGCACCACCGAGGACAAGGUGGCCGGGCACUUUGCGAAGUUCGGCCAGGUCACCAACGUGGAGAUCAAGAAGCAGCCGGAUGGGACUUCCCGGGGCUUUGCCUUCGUGACCUUCGCGGAGAAGGCCUUUGUCGCCAAGGUGCUGGAGGCGCAUUCCAGCCACAUGAUCGACAACAAGUGGGUGGACGUGAAGCCGCAGGUGGCCGCGGUGCCCAAGGGCCCGCGCGAGCUUGCCACAACCAAAAAUCAGAAGGACGAGGCGAAGGAUUCACAGGAGGACUAUGAGUCCGGCUUCGCUGAGAAGUACCUGCAGGCAGCGGCUGCAAUGCAGAAGGGCACAGGUGAAUCCUCCAGCAAAGACUCGGAGGGCAACGACAACAGCAACCAGAUGGGGAACAUGAUGAAGGCCAUGAUGAACAUGAUGAUGGGAAUGAAUGGCAUGAACAACAUGAAUGGCAUGAACCCCAUGAUGAUGAUGGGCGGCGGCUGCGGCGGGGGAUGCAGCAGCGGUAGCGGUGGCGGAGGCUGCAGUGGUUGCGGAGGCUGUGGCAACUGUGGCUGCGGAGGCUGCGGCUGUGGCAGCUGUGGCGGCUGCAGCGGCUGUGGAGGUUGUGGCAACUGUGGCUGCGCCGGUUGCGGCAACUGCGGCUGCGGCAACUGCGGCUGCGGCAAUUGUGGCUGCACGUGUGGAGGAUGUGGAUGCGGCAACUGUGGCUGCGGGAGCUGUGGAAAUAGUUCCGGGGCUGGCUGCAGCAGUUCCAGUAUGCCUGGUGGAAGCAGUGCUUGCAGCAGCAACUGUGGUUGCGGCGGCUGCGGUUGUGGAAACUGUGGCUGUGGCAGCUGUGGCAGCUGUGGCAGAGGGUGCGGCAAUGGUAGCUGCGGCGGCUGCUGUGGUUGUGGUGGCUGCGGUGGCUGUGGCGGCUGCGGCGGCUGCGGCUGUGGUAGCUGCGGUUGUGGAGGCUGCGGCUGUGGUGGCUGUGGGGGCUGCAGUGGCUGCGGCGGCUGUGGCGGCUGUGGCGGCUGUGGUGGCUGUGGUGGCUGUGGCGGCUGUGGCGGCUGUGGCGGCUGUGGCUGCGGCGGCUGUGGCUGCAGCGGCUGUGGAUGUGGCUGCGGUUGUGGAGGAUGUGCUUGUGGCUGCCCUGGCUGCGGUGGAUGUGGUUGUGGCAACUGUGGCUGCAUGAAUUGCGGCUGCGGGGCGUGCGGAAGCUGCGGCUGCGGUGGCUGCAGUGGUUGUGGGUGUGGCUGCGGCUGCAAUGCCGGAAGCUGCUCUGCGAUUGGCAGUGUAGAACCUUCGGACAGCAAAGACAGCAAGGACAGCAAAGGUGGCACCGAAGAGGCAGAGUCUAAGUCUGGGAAGGACCGCUUCCAGCCCUACUGAGCGCCCGUGGUGCCGUUGCGCCGGAAGAUUUCGGGACAAGCCCUGCGGGCAUUUUGUUCUUUCGGUUUC